AAGACCGCUUACCCUGUUGCUCUCCAAAAAUGGGUACGGGGAACGAUGAACCAUUAACACCGGCCGGCCGGUUGUUCACACAGCCAGCGACUCACCAGAUCAUCAACUGCGCUCUAGGCCUUGAGCGAGCCCUUGGAUUUGAUGAAGUUCGAACCGUCGUCUCUGAUUCUCUCAUGAUCAAGCACCCUAGAUUCUGCAGUCUCUUAGUCACGGACGAUCAGGGCCACCACUAUUGGAGAUUAACCGAACUCGAUAUCGACCGCCACAUCAUCCUGCACACCGAUCCCGUCGGUGAAGUUGGUAACGAUGAAGCCGCCAUCAACGAUUUCCUUGCCGACCUUGCAGUAUCGUCUCCUUUGAGCACGGAUAAGCCGUUGUGGGAAAUCCACCUUUUGUCGGCUCAUAAGUGUGUGGUUCUGCGUCUCCACCAUGCGCUCGGGGAUGGAAUCUCUCUGAUGUCAUUGAUGUUAACUCUGUGUAGAAAACUCGAUGAUUCCGAACAGACGCCGACGAUCGAACCCCUAAUUUCAUCUGCACGAAACCCUAGGGGAUUAGGAAUCAAUGAGAAAAUUUUCAAAGUAUUGAAGAUUAUCUGGUUCACGAUGAUUUAUGUGUUCGAAUUUAUGAUGAGAAGUCUGUGGGUCAAGGACGGAAGGACGGUGGUGAGAGGCGGAGAAGGGGUGGAAUUGUGGCCGAGAAGAGUCGCCACGGCCAAGUUCAACCUUGAGGAUAUGAAAACGGUGAAGCGCGCCGUCACUAACGCAACGAUAAACGAUGUUCUUUUUGGAGUAAUAUCAUCAGGGCUAUCAAGAUAUUUGGACAAACGAUCGCCAGAAUCUCUUCAGGAGGGGCUUCGAAUCACCGGUGUCGCCUUGGUUAAUCUAAGGCCAUCACCAGGACUUCAGGAUAUAAAAGAGUUGAUGAAGAAAAAUGCAGGAUCAGGGUGGGGAAACAAAUUUGGUAUUAUGCUUCUACCAAUUUACUACCAUAGAAAUGGCUCCAAUCCUCUCGACUAUUUGAAAAGAGCCAAAAUGAUGAUUGAUAGAAAGAAGUUGUCUUUGGAAGCCUUUCUAUCAUACCAGAUUGGAUUCUUUGUUAUGAACCACAUGGGAGCAAAGUUUGCAAGCUUGCUUAAUUACAGGAUAGUUUGCAACACUUCAUUCACAGUUUCGAAUGUGGUGGGCCCAAGAGAAGAGAUUACCGUCGCAGGCAUCCCAGUCACGUACAUCAGAACAUCGUCGUCAAGCUUAUCUCACGCAAUCACAAUGCAUAUGGUGAGUUAUGCAGGAAGGGCCGAUAUGCAGAUUCUAGCUGCCAAAGACAUCAUUCAUGACCCCGAAAACUUAGCGAAAUGUUUUGAAGAUGCACUGCUCGAAAUGAAAGAAGCCGUACUACGAACUUAAGAAAAGGGAAAAUUUGCCCUUCAAAGUUGUACAAGAUUUUAUUCGUAGUUUGGAAAAUAUAAAAAAAAAUAGCCGAAUCUAAAAGAUUCAAUAUUCUUUGUAUGAUCACGCAAAACAAAUAUAUGUCACUUGGCAUAAACAUUUGCUUCUAUUCA